UGGUGAUGUGUUAUUUUUUAUAGGAUGACAGCCAGAGACAGAUGGAGGAUGUAUAAGAGAGUGAGUAUGAUGUUCUUCCUGGCUGUGGUGACUCUGACUGUUGUCCAGAGGGGCAAUAUCAACACAGGAGUGCCGUUUCAGCUGGAGAGGGAAGCAGAGAAAGAGCCCACCAUCUCCAAAAGAGCCCUCCUGAAAAAGGACCACUUCCAGGAGAGCAGAAAUGUCUGGAACACAAGUAUAGAGGCCAUCACAGAGAAGCAGGGAGAGACAGAGUAUGGAGGAUCCAGGACCUGGGAUGUCGCCUCCACUAACUGCACUGCCAACCCCAACUUCAACAACAUGGGUUGGUUUGUUGGUCUGGAGGCCAAUUUUAAGCAGUUUCUUCUCUACAGGCACUGUCGGUAUUUCCCCAUGAUCAUCAACCACCCAGAGAAGUGCAGUGGGGAGACCUAUCUGCUUAUAGUUAUCAAGUCCACCAUAACCCAGCACGACCGCAGGGAUAUAAUCCGAAAGACCUGGGGGAGGGAGCAGGAGGUAGAUGGGAAGAGGGUAAAGACCCUGUUUCUCCUGGGAAAGUCAUCGAAUGAGCUGGAGAAAGCCCAUCACCAGAAGCUGCUGGAGUAUGAGGACUACAUCUAUGGAGACAUCCUGCAAUGGGACUUCUUGGACAGCUUCUUCAAUCUCACCCUCAAGGAGACCCACUUCCUCAAGUGGUUUGCCACAUACUGUGGUAGGGUGUCCUACAUCUUCAAGGGGGAUGAUGAUGUGUUUGUUAGCAUCCACAACAUAUUUGAAUACCUGGAGGGGACUUCUGCAGAUAACCUGUUAGUGGGAGAUGUACUUUUCAAAGCCAAGCCUAUCCGAAGGAAGGAGAACAAGUACUAUAUUCCCCAGGCGUUGUACAAUAAGACACACUACCCACCAUAUGCGGGGGGUGGUGGGUUCCUGAUGGAUGGCACCCUGGCCAGGAAACUCAAUAGAGCCUCUGAAACCUUGGACCUGUUUCCCAUCGACGAUGUCUUUCUGGGCAUGUGUCUGGAGGUGCUCCGGAUCUCCCCUAUCAAGCACAAUGCCUUCAAGACCUUUGGGCUGGUAAAGAGCAAGAGCAGCAGGCUGAACAGAGAGCCAUGCUUCUUCAAGAGCAUGAUUGUGGUGCACAAGCUUCUCCCUGCUGAUCUCCUCAACAUGUGGCGGCUAGUCAACAGUGACCUCAUCUGCUCACAGAAGGCAAUACUUCUAUAG